AUGGCAACCGAAGAAGGCCCGUCAACAACUUACCACCGAAGACGCUACCAGCAACAGGCCUUCGCCGGGGCCGUCAAGCUCUCGAGGGCCGACUCUCGAUGGGGCCACUCAAGUAAUCAGCGGGUCAACACUGGCCCUCAACAGAUCGAACGGCUCACCCGUGAGGUGCUCGCGCACACGGACGACGUCUCGAAGUUGAAGUCGAGCACUGGCAGCCGCCAAUACUUCGCAAGGACGGGCAGGCUGACCAUCGGUUAUGAGCCUGCUGCUCCCACUCGGAUGGACGUCACCGGCGGCAUCAACUACCACACCGUCACGGUCCUCAAGGCUCUGCUGCGACGAUCCACCGCCGUCCACCGCCGUCUCAGAGCAUUCAAACUGAUCCCUAACGCUCUCCGGUACUCAUUUGUCGUCGCUAGGAUUGACGUGGGGAACUCGAGGACGAAGGAGCGCGCCACUGAGCUUGUCGUCAAUGCGGUCAAUGGUCAAUGGCUUCCGCGCUCUCGAACCGGUACACACAUGUUCAUCCCGCGCUACGUAGCCGGCCAGCCAAAGCAUUACAGCGCCGAAGAACUUGUAGGCGAAGUGCUGGACAUUCUACAGAAACAACACGGCAUCAAGCGCGAGGGAAGAGGACCUUUGGAUCCGGACAAACCUAGCUCGGUGGGCAAGACCGCUCCAAACCGCUCCCCUACAAUAAUCCCCACCCGGAUUCCCACCUCCGUCGAUAACUCGCUUCAGAACCUGCACACGACUCACCUCGACAGCCCCCUCCCGCACUCGACACUCUCGCGCCUGGCCGACACCAACACGGGCACCAUGUGCAGGGUUGGGACGAGCAACACGUACGAAGUGCGCGUGCUCGAGCAGCUCGAGCGGAAGAUCGGACGCUGCGUGCAAUUCGUGCAGAACCAGUAG